AUGGACAACCCACACGAGCCUCAAUUCGAUGUAUUAGGAGGAGAUGGGAUGGACCUCUCCGAGUCGAGUUUGCCUUCUCAUCAACCCUCAUCAGAACCUGAAAAAAGCAAUUGCGCAAUAAAGCCGUACACUUGGAAAGUAUCUGUAUCUCAGUUGGAAACGCUCUUUGAUGACCGACAGCUGACUGGCCUAGUCAAUCUUGGAGGAUUACAAGGUUUCGCGAAGGCUCUAAAUACGAGUCUCACUGUGGGAUUGGACCAUAUGGAGUUAUCGCGUGGCGAUGCACGUGCCACUCAGAGACGUAGAGUCGAUACUCUAUGGAAAAAGGUGAGGGGCAAAUAUACGGCCAAACUACCGAUUCCCCAGUCGUUCGCUACUCGACGAGCUAUCUACGGUGUAAAUUAUAUUGAGCCGGCUCGGGUUCCAGGAAUUCUUGUUUUCGCUUGGAAGGCGCUCAAGGACCGCACACUGAUAUUGCUCUUGAUUUGUGCAAUGAUUUCUAUUGGAAUUGGGAUUUACGAAGGACUGGUGCAAAACGACUCUACCUCUUGGAUUGAAGGCCUCGCUGUGCUUGUUACUGGCAAGUUUUGCAGUCUCUUUUCGUUGCAACUGUCAGACGUAUUCAAACUUGCCUUUCUGCACGGUACAGUUUUCAUCGUUGUGCUUGUACAAUCCUUCAACGACUAUCGAAAAGCCAAACAGUUUCGAUUUUUAAAUGUGGCAAAACUGAAUAGUACCCUUGUCACAGUCAUUCGGCACCGUCAUACGGAUGUUGAGUGCUUAGCGUUACCCGAAAAAGUGCAAUUGGAAAGCAAGGAGGUUAAUGUAGGAGACAUCGUUGCUCUGGCUCCGGGUGAUGUGAUCUGCGCUGAUGGCAUUUUGGUCACUUCAACCAACUUACUUUGCGACGAGUCUGGUAUUACUGGCGAAUCAGAACCCGUUCCAAAGGACACGACAGGAGAUGCUUUCAUGGUGUCGGGCAGCGACGUCCUAGAUGGUAUUGGAACAAUGUUAGUGGUUGCUGUUGGUCCAAACUCAAUGUCUGGCCGUACAAAUAUGGCCUUACGGUCGAGCUCUGUCAACAAUGUUAGUGAGAUAUCAGUCAAAAUGGGAAAAUUGGGAGAGGGAGUUGCUCGAAUAGGUGCGAUCGCAGGUGCUGUUGUGGUUGUUGUGGGUAUUAUUCGAUUUUUGAUAUCGGAGAAAUUUCAAUCGAUGAGUCUGGCUACCAUUAUGUCGAGUAUCGUAAACAUUCUCAUUUCUGGUGUUACCAUCAUAGUGAUAUCCGUGUCUGAAGGAAUGCCAGUUGCUUUCACAUUGGCACUUGGAUACGCGACACUACAGAUGCUCCGCGAAAACAAUCUGGUCCGAGUGUUGACUUCCUGUGAGACGAUGGCACAUGUCACAAGAUUGCGAAUCUUGGGUCUUGCUCGAACACGAUUUGAAACCAGCCCGCCGCCAUCAGAAUUUGACGAUGUCGGAUUGCAUGACAUGACCUUGAUCGGCAUUGUCGCACUCGAAGAUCCUCUUCGGGACCAAGUUCCCAGCGCUGUCAGACAGUGUCAAAAAGCGGGAAUCACCGUUCGCUUGAUUACGGGAGAUUCCAGAGUCACUGCAGAAUCAAUCGCACGAAAAUGCCAUAUUCUGCCGAUUCUGCCGAUUCUACCGGACGCUUCGAGUACGAAAGCAAUAUCGUCAAUCAUACCGUUAUCCGUUGAACGACAAUCCGUGUUUGAGGGGCGUGAAAUACGAGAUCUGACUGAUGAGAAGCUUGAUCAGAUAUUACCCUAUUUGCGAGUCUUGGCUCGUACUACACCAAUAGAUAAGCAGAGGGUGGUGAGAGGGCUGCAACGGCUGGGAGAGACAGUUGCUGUGACGGGAGACGGAACAAAUGAUGCCCCGGCAUUAAAACAGGCAGAUGUUGGGUUCUCCAUGGGAGUCUGUGGCACAGAGGUUGCCAAAGAGGCUUCUGGUAAAGAACUUCUUUGGGAUCCUCAGAUGGUCAACGCAGCCGUAACUAUUGCGUCGGUGACGUCGUUUGCAGACUCAACAAGUGAGCCUGCCCUAAAUGCAUUGGAGCUGCUUUGGAUAAAUCUCAUCAUGGACUCUCUUGCAGCACUUGCACUUGCUACAGAUGCCCCCACUGAUGCACUCUUAGAAGCCCCACCGUACGUGCCUGUUGAACAAGCUUUUUGGUCGUCUAUCGCUGCACGUUUGGCAAAGGAAGGAUGCAAGCUAGUGCUGGCUAAUCGCAACGAACGUGAUGGGAUUGCAGCUGCUGAUGAACUGAAAGCUGUGCAUGUGCUCUGUCGUCUUGCGGCGUCAUCAUUCUUAUUUACAAAUCAUGUGGUUUCGACACUAGCACUGGACGACCCAACGACAUCAUCUUCAUCCAGUGUGAUGCUUCAAAGGUCGACAGUUGCAUAG